GUCGCUGGAGGCACGUAGAGCGGAGCUUCCUGGGUUGGAGCCUGACAGUCCAGGCGACAGUUUGGUGUCCUGUCGUCUUUUGCAUCACCCCGAGGGAGUCAAUUUUCAGCCAGAACACAAGAAAUCCUGGCUCAUGGCGUUCAGGAAGGCCCUGAGACGGACGGCGGUGGUAGGAGGCGGGGUGGUGGCUGCGGGCUUCGGCCUGUCACAGUUCUUGGAGUACAGGAGGACCCAGCCCGGAUUGGCUCGAUUGGCUCACGUGGCAGCUGAGGCAGAGCUGAAGGUCCCUUUCGCAGACGAGCUUCCUUCUAGGGAGACCCAGCUUGCAACUCUGCGAGACACUCCAGAGUUUGAUGUUCUGGUUGUAGGAGGGGGGGCCACAGGCGCCGGAUGUGCCUUAGAUGCCGUCACCCGCAACCUCAAAACCGCUCUAGUAGAAAGAAGCGAUUUCUCUUCUGGGACAAGCAGCCGGAGUACAAAGCUCAUCCACGGUGGAGUUCGUUACCUCCAGAAGGCCAUCAUGCAGCUGGACUAUGAACAGUACAUGAUGGUGAAAGAGGCUUUGCAUGAGAGAGCAAAUCUGCUGGAGAUUGCCCCUCACCUGUCAGCACCGUUACCCAUAAUGCUUCCUGUUUACAAAUGGUGGCAGUUGCCUUACUACUGGGCAGGAAUAAAGAUGUAUGACUUGGUGGCUGGGAUCUACUGCUUGAAGAGUAGCUACGUCCUGACCAAGUCCAAAGCCUUGGAACAUUUCCCAAUGCUGAAGAAGGACAAGCUGGUAGGGGCCAUCGUAUACUACGAUGACAUCUUAAUUAAAUGGACUCAGCUUGUUCAUGAUGACUCGUUUCUUUGUGUAAUUGUAUUUAUAUCGCUGCAGGUCGCUCAGCAUCUGGCCUCAACCUACGGCGGGAAAGCGUUCGACGUUGCCAAAAUGGCAAAGGUUACAGGCCAGAGGUGGCCCAUCGUUGGGAAACGUCUGGUGUCCGAGUUCCCCUACAUCGAAGCAGAGGUGCUGUACGCGAUCAAGGAGUACGCCUGCACCGCCAUUGAUGUCAUCGCUCGGCGCACAAGGCUGGGCUUCCUGAACGUGCAGGCGGCGGACGAAGCGCUCCCCCGGAUCGUCCACAUCAUGGGCAAAGAGCUGAACUGGAGUCAAGAGAAGAGGACGGAGGAGCUGGAAGCAGCAAAGAAGUUUCUGUACCAUGAGAUGGGCUACAGGUCUCGAUCGGAGCAGCUUACCAAGACAUCAGAGAUCAACCUGGACUACCAGGAAGUUGUCAAGUACAAGAACCGGUUCCAUAAAUUUGACAAAGAGUCCAAAGGCUUCAUCACCACAGUUGAUGUCCAGCGAGUCUUAGGGAGCAUCAAUGUUCACAUCGACGAGAAUGCACUCCAUGAAAUCCUUAACGAGGUGGACCUCAAUAAGAACGGACAGGUGGAAAUCGACGAGUUCCUGCAGCUGAUGAGCGCCGUGAAGAAAGGACACGUGUCCGACAGCCGCCUGGCCAUCCUCAUGAAGACGGCCGAGGAGACGCUGGAGCAGAGAGGGCCGGUGACGGUGGACCGUAGCGGCGGUGGAGUCUGAGCCUCAGAGGCUGUAUGCAAAUGGUCGCAUUUGAAUCACAAUAAGGCAAUCAGACUCGCAGCGGGACGAGCUUGACCGAAUCAGGGUGUGAGGGGCUGGGGGGGGUUGGAUCUAAUGAUUGAAGUCAGGGAGAUAAUUCUUGUGCUUCUGAGGGCAUAAAACGUUUCAUCGCGGAUUUCGAAACAAAAAACAACCUUUUUGACAUUUUGCCGUUUCCAGAAUUGCUCCAUAUUUUAGCGAUCAGCACUGAUUGUAGAUUAGAAACGUUUCAGAUCAGCUUUCAGGCCUUUUUUUUUAAUUUUUUGAAGCUGCAACAAUUUCAAUCAAACCAGAUGUUUCCACCAGGAAAUUAAAAGUUAACCCAACUACACAUGUUUUAUGAUUAAAAGGGGAAAUAUUCACAAUAUUCAAAAGAAAAAACAGACGGAUUUGUUUGGAUUAAUCCUUUGAUGGAUCAAAACUUGUUCUGGAGCUUUUUCUCUCUGCUGCUCUGUUGGAAUUGAUGAGAAACUAACACAUAACAAAUCCUCACUUUUUUUGCCUUUAAUGUAAAUCAUGAGCAAAAUGCUGCAGAUGUUAGGAGGUAAAGACUUUGUA